AUGGGGGAGAUGAGCUCCACACAGGACAGCGGACAGGAGCUCACAGAUGGGGUCCUCAGCUCCAUCCCCCUGCAGGAGGCACAGGAGCCCCGCCCACCCACAGGGGUGCAGCACGACGGCCUCAGGAAGGAAAACCAACAUGAUACAGGCGUCUGCAUCUUCGUCAACAACCGGAAGCCUGGUCAGUGCCCUGCCGCGCUCAACAGGCUGGUGCCCGUGGACCUGUUCCCUGACUGGGAGGUGGACGUCCCCUGCCCCACCUGCGUGCCCAGGCUGUGCAGCCUGACACUGAAGAAGCUGGUGGUCUGCAAGGGGCCUGGGCAUGAGCUGCGGUCGGCGGUUACUGCCAUCAAGAUGCAGGGCUCCAAGCGCAUUCUUAGGUCCCACAAGCUUGUGCUGCCCCCCAGUGGACUGGAGACCGACCUGCCGCUGACCUUUUCCCUGCAGUACCCCCACUUCCUGAAGGGAGGAGGCAACAAGCUGGAGAUCAUGUUGCAGCACAGAAAGCACUUUAAGAUGCGGACCCUCGUGGGCUGCAAGAUGGUUGCCUACAAAACGCUGGCCACAGGCACCAUCCACAUGGCCGAGGUGAUGCAGUGACCCCUCGAGGGAGGCCAGGUGUUGAGCCUCUGCAGCAGCCUCAAGGACGCCAGGCCCAAGGGGGCCGAGAUCUGGAUCUUCUCCCUGACCAGCCAGCCCACUGAGCAUGAGGACUGUGCCAUGCAGGCCGGCCCCAAGGCCAAGGCCACAGAUAACUACUCAGACGAGGGGAAUGAGAGCUUCAGCUCUGGGCAGGAGGCCAGCGACGAUUCCACACAUGGGCACGACCUGGAAGAGGAUGACUUUGACUUGGGGAAGCCCAAGAAGCAGUGGCAGUCAGUGGUCACAACUACAUCCACGACCAAAAAAUAAAACUUGACAGAGAAAGACGUGGUGCUGCCGCCCAGGCUCACAGUGUCACAGGAGGCCCUGGAUUCAGAGCAGGACCCUGUGCAGCAUGUCCCCACGAUGGAGGAGGACCUGAACCUUGUGAAUGUCACCCUGGAGUAUUUCAGUGACAGUGGCCCAGACAUUGAGGAUGAUGACAGCACCUUGAGCACCCCCAAGUCCAAGCUCCAGCAAUACAUAGAACACCUGUCACAAACCAGUCUGCACACAGAGUCCGGGAGCUUCCACAGUGCCUGGAGCCUGAAGGAGCCUCCGAGUCCAGCCAGUGUGCCAGCAAAGAUGUGGGCCUCGGGAGGCCAGCAGCCGAGCAAGAGUGUCUCCAACCCCGUUGCCCACAGCACACCCAUCCCCAAGGAGCAGCCGGCACAGCCUGAGGACAGCCCGGAGGCAGAGACCUCACAAGAUGCUGCUGGCCAGCAGGCUCAUCAGCAAGGCCGAGUCUCUCAUCAGCCCCUCACCCCGUCCGAGGGGAAGCAGGCCGACCACGGAGGCCAGAGCACCUCCCUACAGGAGGGGCAGCAGGCUGGGCCGCAGGACGAGCUCUCCAACCGUCUGCAGAAUGAGAGCUGCCCAAGCCCACAGAGCCAGCUGCAGGUCCCCAGGAAGAUUGGGUACAAUCAGCUAAACGACCUUCUCUACCCCUACGACCAGCUGCCUGACCACAUCAUCCUCGUCAACACCUCCGACUGGCAGGGGCAGUUCCUGUGGGACAUCCUGCAGCAGCAAAAUCUGCCUGUGGUGGGCGCCUGCUCCGAGGCUGACCUCCAGGCGGCCUUCAGCACCAUCGUGUCGCAGAUGGAGAGAUACAGCCAACACCAUGCCCGGCCCCGGAUUCCGGUGAAGAUGGCGGUGGUGGGGGCACAGCACUACCUGAGCGCCGUGCUGCGGCUCUACGUGGAGCAGCUGUCCUCCAAGAUGCCCGAGCUGCAGGCCUACAUGUGCUUCCAGGUCCUCCCGCUGGGGUCCCACCCCGUGCCCCGGUACCUGUGCUCCGUGGAUGACCACGACAACAACUUCUUCCCGGACCGGGCCUGGCGGGACCUGUUCACCAAGCUGGAGGCCCAGAGCACCGAGCUGGACAAGCAGGACAUCGCGUUCACAGUCACACGCUACCUCGUGGGGGCCGGCCGUGUCCACCAGCUGCCCAUCGCUCAAGCUUUGGUGUGA